AUGUAUGAUGACUUUGCAACUGGCUUCUCUUUGUUGGGAAACAUUGCUUACCUUUCCGUGUGGGGCCACAUUAAUUGGAAAUCGUCUAAUACGAUCUGGGUUAGUUCAGAAGCACUUGUCAUGAAAGUCUGGAGCUAUCGAUACUUCUAUUGUUUGUUGUCAUCUGUCAUCAUUGGUAUUGCGGAUCUUGAGUUGAGCUGCAGUAGUUUCUGUAAGCUCUGGCAAAUAGACAAGGAAAAGCUCCGAUAUCCCCAACGAUACAAGGGUCCAGCUCCGGUCCAGCUUUUCCGCCAGGGUCUUUACUUUAUCCACCAGAUCCCGUCCAUCCAUCCUUCUUCUGGGUUGUGUUGUCUUCUUCUCUUCUCUGUUCCUCUCCAGUCCAUCUCCCUCAAAACCAAACCGACAUUGAUUAGUUAG